AUGUUAUCUGACAUCAAUGAGCCUGGACCAGGUUUCGAAUACUUUCUGAACACACCUUGUCAAGAAUGGGAUGCGGUUAAAUAUCUUGAAGCAUUAGAAAAUUGCAAGUUUGGUUUAGAAAAGGCUACUAUUAGUUUGUCACAUUCAGUAGCCAUCCACUUCGCUUCGCUUCCAUACUUCGUCUCCAAUACUACAGCUACCCAUGAAACUUCGUCUUCGCAUAGUUAUGGACUUCGCCUCCGCUGUUGGCUACAGCUACCCAUGGAACUUCGUCUUCGCAUAGUUAUGGACUUCGCCUCCGCUGUUGCCAGCUUGAAAACGGGGUUAGUUGACAAUUUCUGGAUGAAACGUCAAAAUUCUACGAAACACGAAAACAUGAAGGUUAACAGUACAUUUUUGUCUUGUGACGGAAUACAGAUUGGUUGUAUUGAACAACCAUCAGAACGAUGUGUAGAAAAUGAACUAUCGGGUUCAGCUGAGGAAGUUUCUCCUGUUGUCAUACCUCUUCCCGAUCGCGAUCGUUCUCCUACUCCAUCAUAUAAAAGCGGGGAUAAUUCUUUGGACGAUCAUAACAAGGCAUCUCCAUCAAACGGCCAUGACGAAAAUGAAGAUAAAAAUCCUUUCAUCACAAAGAAUGAAGAGGGAUCAAGGGACAAUAAUAAGUUUAAGACAAUUCUAUUAUGGCAACAUGCUAUAAACCGUAUUGAUAUAAAUGAUACUUCUACAAAUGACUGGGUGGCAGAUGGUCACAACGUCUCUCUGGAUUUUCAUAAUUUCCAAUUAACAUUGAUCAAACAAUUAGAAACAAAUCCAACGUUUUCAUAUUUGAAAGACAUAGAACGGAUAUUAUGCUUGUCAUCAAUCAUGUUCUGUGAUGAGAUCAAGCCAGAAUUUCUAUUAUGUUCAGAAAAAUUAUGGAAGACAAUUCGCCCAAGACCAUUAGUUCCAAUAAUGUUACCGAUAGUUGUUCAAAUAAUAGUAAUUGAAUAUAAUACGAUCAUAAACGACAAGCAGUUAACGAACACAAGAUGGUGUGAAAACUGGACGAGAAGAG